AUGGCGAUCCCUGCUGCUCUUGUAUUUAUCCCUGUUGGUGUCCUCUUCUUGGUCUCAGGCCUCAUUGUCAAUCUCAUCCAGCUUGUCUUCUUCAUCAUUGUUCGUCCAUUUUCAAGAAGUUUGUACAGAAAAAUCAACAAAACCGUUGCGGAAUUACUUUGGUUACAGCUCAUAUGGCUGAUUGAUUGGUGGGCUUGUAUAAAGAUCAAUUUAUAUGCUGAUGCAGAGACUCUAGACUUACUUGGGAAAGAACAUGCACUUGUUUUAUGCAAUCAUCGAAGUGACAUUGAUUGGCUUAUUGGAUGGGUCAUGGCUCAGCGUGCAGGUUGUCUUGGAAGCUCUUUAGCCAUCAUGAAGAAAGAAGCCAAGUUUCUUCCAAUCAUAGGUUGGUCGAUGUGGUUCUCGGAUUACAUUUUCUUGGAAAGAAGCUGGUCUAAAGAUGAGAACACCCUCAAGGCAGGUUUUAAACGACUUGAGGACUUUCCAAUAACAUUCUGGUUGGCUCUUUUCGUUGAAGGAACUCGUUUCACUCAGGAGAAGCUUGAAGCUGCUCAACAUUACGCCUCUAUCAGAAGCUUACCGUCUCCUCGAAAUGUCUUGAUUCCUCGUACAAAGGGGUUUGUUUCGGCGGUGUCUCACAUACGUUCCUUUGUCCCUGCGAUUUACGAUUGUACCUUAACCGUUCAAAACAAUCAACCUACACCAACUCUUCUUAGGAUGUUCAGUGGACAAUCAUCUGAGGUGAAUUUGCAGAUGAGACGUCACAAAAUGAGCGAGUUGCCAGAGACCGAUGAUGGCAUUGCACAAUGGUGCCAAGAUCUGUUUCUCACCAAGGAUGCUCAACUUGAGACAUACUUCACAAAAGACGUGUUCAGUGACUUGGACGUUCACCGAAUCAACCGGCCAAUCAAACCACUGAUUGUGGUUAUAGUUUGGUUGUGUCUUCUUGUAUUUGGUGGUUUCAAGCUACUUCAAUGGCUCUCUAUGGUGGCCUCGUGGAAGAUCAAUUGUUUGUUUGUGUUAUUCUUGGUGAUUGCAACUGUAACAAUGCAAGUACUGAUUCAAUCUUCUGAGUCACAACGUUCAACUCCUGCCAAGAAACCUCUACAAGAACAACUUAUUCCUGCCUAG